AUGUCUGAUUCGGGCCUUACAGGAACAGGCACAGGUGGAGAUGUGUUCAAAGUCGAUUUAAACUCACAAUUCGAUUCCGCCGAUAUGGCAUGGAUUGGAACGGCAUCAGUACUAGUAUGGAUCAUGAUCCCUGGUGUUGGUUUACUAUAUUCAGGGUUAUCAAGGAAAAAACAUGCUCUUUCAUUGAUGUGGGCGUCGUUGAUGGCAGCUUGUGUCACUGCUUUUCAAUGGUUUUUUUGGGGUUACUCAUUAGUUUUCGCUCACAAUGGGUCCAAGUUUUUGGGAACUUUGCAGAAUUUCUGUUUAAGAAAUGUCUUGGGUGCUCCAGGGAUUGUAACUACCGUUCCUGAUAUCUUGUUUUGUUUAUAUCAGGGAAUGUUUGCUGCUGUUACAGCAAUCUUGAUGGUAGGUGCUGGUUGUGAACGUGCAAGGUUAGGACCUAUGAUGGUGUUUUUAUUUGUUUGGUUAACUGUUGUUUAUGGUCCUAUUGCUUAUUGGACUUGGGGUGGAAAUGGCUGGUUAUUCAACUUGGGAGCUUUGGAUUUUGCUGGUGGUGGUCCGGUGCAUGAAAAUUCUGGAUUUGCUGCUUUGGCUUAUUCGCUCUGGUUAGGUAAAAGACACGAUCCAUUGACCCAAGGAAAAGUGCCCAAAUAUAAACCACACUCAGUUUCUUCAAUUGUGUUAGGAACAGUUUUCCUUUGGUUUGGAUGGUUUGGUUUCAAUGGUGGGUCGACUGGUAACGCCAAGAUGAGAUCGUGGUAUGCGUGCGUCAAUACCAAUAUUGCUGCUGCUAGUGGUGGUUUGACUUGGAUGUUUGUUGAUUACUUCAGAACAGGAGGUAAAUGGUCUACGGUUGGGUUGUGUACCGGAGCUAUUGCUGGUUUAGUUGGUAUUACCCCAGCAGCUGGAUACGUACCAGUUUACACGUCGAUUAUUUUUGGAAUAGUUCCUGGUAUCAUUUGUAAUUUUGCCGUUGAUUUGAAACAGUACUUGCAGAUUGAUGAUGGUAUGGAUGUAUGGGCACUUCACGGAGUGGGUGGAUUUGUUGGUAACUUUAUGACGGGAUUAUUUGCUGCUGAUUAUGUCGCCAAAAUAGAUGGCACUGAUAUUGACGGUGGUUGGAUGAAUCAUCAUUGGAAACAAUUGGGUUACCAGUUAGCAGGUUCUGUUUCAAUUGCCGCUUGGUCAUUUGUUGUCACAUCUAUAUUAUUGUUGGCAAUGGACAGAAUUCCAUUUUUGAGAAUCAGAUUACAUGAAGAUGAAGAGAUGUUGGGUACUGACUUAGCUCAAAUUGGUGAAUUUGCUUACUAUGAUGAUGGUCAAGAUCCAGAGAAUAGUCCCUAUGUAUUGGAGCCCAUUAGAUCAACUGAUGCCAUUAGAGAUAAGUUGAGGACAGCAACUUCAACACAACAAAACGAACCAGGUGUUCAAACUCCAGAAGAAAUUGAUGGUGUUGCUCAAGCUCAUGCUGACUCUGAUAACUCCCACAGUGUUGAAUCAAAAAAGUAA